AUGGUCGUUGGGAUCAACUGCUUUUUGCCGGAGUUCGUGGGCCACUUUGGCCGUUACUUGGUUUGCUACAGGCUCCAAGAAGACCAGGGCCUGCAAUGCCCUCAGGCGCCAGCCUUCACUGGCGGCUUUGCCUUAGUUUUCGGCUGCAUGUUGCUCUGCACAGGGAGCGUUCUUUACGCCUGGCGGGGCCUCUAUCCCUCUGAGGACGAUGGGCGGCACCCUUCUGGCAGUCCCGACAGUGCGAGCCAGCCGGUGCAUGUCAGCUAUCUGACCGCCCCAUACCGGGAGACAUUCGCGAAGUGGGAGACCGAGCGCCUGCUGCGCAAGAGCUGCAUCACCCUCCUUGCCGCAGCGCUACCGAUCACUGCCUCCCCAGCCUUGCAGUUAGUUUCCUUGGCAUCGGUGGUCUUGGCGUCCCUGGUUAUGUAUGCCCUGCUGCUUCCUUACAAGGACAACAGGUGGAACCUCGCCGAGGUCGCACUUCUGACCACCUGCAUGGUGAUGAUCUUCGCAGUGUUUGCUUUGCUGGCUAAUGACCUGCAUUGGGGCCAGAGCCAUGUGGUCCAGUUGCUGAUCAUUGCCUUCACAACGACCCUGGCUGUGGUUAUCUGCAUGGCUUUGAUGUUCAUGACCAUUCGCAGCCUCCUGCACGAGCACGCCGCACAGGCAUCCGCGAAGAAGGCAACUUAA